UUUCAUUCCUCGUUCUCUCAUUGACUCACGCUGAUGCUCAAUGAUGGCGGAUAGCGCGAGUGAGAGCGACACGGACGGAGCCACCCCUCAGUGCUCCUCAUCCUCGUCCUCCUCCGUCCUAAUCUCUUCGUUCCGUCUGGAGGAGCUGACGAACCGCCUGGCUUCUUUACAGCAAGAGAAUAAAGUGCUGAAGAUCGAGCUCGAGACGUUUAAACUGAAGUGUAAAGCUCUGCAGGAGGAGAAUAGAGACUUGCGCAAAGCCAGUGUCACCAUACAAGCGAGAGCCGAACAAGAAGAAGAGUUCAUCAGUAACACCCUUUUCAAGAAGAUUCAGGCCCUGCAGAAAGAGAAAGAAACGCUGGCGGUCAACUAUGAGAAGGAAGAAGAGUUCCUCACCAAUGAGCUCUCGAGAAAACUUAUGCAAUUGCAGCAUGAGAAAGCCGAACUGGAGCAGCACUUAGAGCAGGAGCAGGAGUUUCAAGUCAACAAACUGAUGAAGAAGAUCAAAAAGCUGGAGAACGACACCAUCUCCAAACAGCUCACCUUAGAGCAGCUUAGACGUGAAAAGAUCGACUUGGAAAACACCUUGGAGCAAGAACAAGAAGCUCUUGUGAAUCGGCUAUGGAAACGCAUGGACAAACUGGAAGCAGAAAAAAGGAUUCUUCAGGAGAAGCUUGACCAGCCUGUCUCUGCCCCGCCGUCCCCCAGAGACAUCUCCAUGGAGAUCGACUCGCCUGAGAAUAUGAUGCGACACAUCCGAUUCCUCAAGAGCGAAGUGGAGCGGCUGAAGAAGAACCUCCGCACUGCAGAGUUACAGCAUACAGAGAAGAGAGCUCAGUACAUAGAGGAAGAGCGCCACAUGCGGGAAGAGAACAUCCGGCUGCAGAGGAAGCUCCAGAGGGAGGUGGAACGCAGGGAGGCACUGUGCAGGCAGCUCUCUGAGAGCGAGUCCAGCUUGGAGAUGGACGAUGAGAGGUACUUCAAUGAGAUGUCCGCUCAAGGCCUGCGCCCCCGGACCGUAUCCAGCCCCAUUCCCUACAGCCCCUCCCCGUCCUCCAGCAGACCAAUUUCACCAGGGUUGUCGUAUGCGAGUCACACAGUGGGCUUCACCCCACCAACUACACUGACCAGAGCAGGCAUGUCCUACUACAACACACCUGGCCUGCAUGUCCACGUAGGAGCCUCUCACGGCAUUGCAAGACCCUCCCCAAGGAGAAGCAACAGUCCAGACAAAUUCAAGCGGCCUACCCCUCCUUCCCCCAACACGCAGGGUGGUCCACCCCCGCCUCCCCCCCCGCCCGCCCGCACCCCUCAUCAUCCCAGCAGCAGCAGCAGUGAGCCAUCGCAGGGACUCGAAACAGAGCAAUCCAAAGGCUUAACAAUCCUCAAUGUCUUCAUCAUCUCGCACUGAAACCAUUCAUCCGUGUCAUGUUCGUAGUUCUGUGUUUGAAAGCGUCGAUUGUGUUCAUUCAGGAUGGCGUGUGAGGUGCAGGCAUUUCCAGCUCAAUCAGCAUCUCUUCAGCGUACAGCGCCGUUUUAGCAAGCACUUAAUGAUUUGGCGUCUGUGUGUGUCAAGCCGUCUACGUCCUUAGCAACCGUCGCUUGGUUGUAUAGGGGAAAAAAAAACCUUGAGGAAAUGCUGUGGUCAUAUAUUUUUUCAUAGUCGAGUAUUUUUCCAGUGUUUAGACGCUUUAAAAGUGUCACCCGGAGUGAACCAGCAGGAUAUUACAGAAAGCCACAAGUGUGCUUCUGUUCUCCAAAUGGAAUCAUGGUCAAAGCAGCUAAUGGCCUUUAAAGGAUUAAACUGCGGCCUAUAUAUCACUUUUGAAUUCUUUGUUAAUAAUAAUAAUAAUAAGCGAUUAAAAAAAAUGACAUCCUGCUUAUGCAGCGAUAUGUAUUUAGUUAUUUCCUUGUAAUCACAUUUUUAAAACGAGACAGCAAAUACGAAUGAGCAAAAACUCAUUAGUUAUGAAAAGUGUAGAGGUCAUAUUUCAACCUAAAAUUAGAAGAAAUUUUUUUUUUUCGAAUAAUGGAAAGUGGGCCUUUGUAGGACCAAUUUUUUAUUAUUAUUAUAAUGCAAUAAAAAAUAACAUUUGGAAUGUGAAAAUAUAUAUAUAUACACACACACACACACACACACAGCUAAACUAUUACAAAUUUAUUUAUAUAGAUAUAUUUUGGCUUUAGAGCAAUACACUUUUCUUGCAAUGUGGCUUAAUUUUAGUUAUGAGCACUAUUUCAGUUUUUGGAGUGAAGUGUAACACCCUAGUAAGUGACUUUAUUCUGUAGAUGACUUGGUGUUUUGAUGCUGCAGAUGCAAUGCAUUGUUGGCGUCCGCCAGACUUUAAACCUCCUGCUGGGUUUUAAAAGCUUUUUUUCAGCCAGACAUUAAAAACAUUAAAUGGCGUACAUUAGAAAAGACUAGUGUGUGUGUGUGUGUGUGUAUGCAUAAAGCGUUCAUCUCGCUACUUAUUACAGACUGCAGCUCUUCUCUGCUAAACAGUGUCUGGUACCACUGUGAAUUUUGUUUGUUUAGGUUUUUUUUUCUUCAGGCUAUACGGAGUGUAGAUAUAUAAAAAUGAGUUUGAACAAUUGUGCAAGGAAGUGAGGUAAAGCGUGUGUAAAUAGACUUUUGUAUGCUUUGCAAACAAAAAAAAUGGAUAAAACGCGUACGGGGUUCCCUUUUGACAAGACUAGUCGUCCGCUAGUUUGUGUUCGUGAGUUCGUCCUUAGAGCUUUUUAGGAGUUACCAAAUAAAUCGCAGAUUGAGAUGCGGCUGAACAAGAGAACACAAGGAAGCGUUUCUUAUUUACUCUGAUCCCGUAUCAGAGUAAACCGAUGAUUCAUUUCCUGGUACUGACCGGCUGGAUCGCAGUCAAGUGGGUUGCUAUGGCUAGGUUAGCUAUGGCUUUGUUAGAUAUCAUCUCACAAAAACAUCACAGAGUUUUGCUGCAGCAUGACAUCAGUGCUUUUCAUAUUUAUUGCAGGGCGUGUCUAUUUUCUUUUCAUCUUUUAUUCUCUAUCGUGCGUUCUCUGAGAGCACCCUUCAUUCGAUUGAGCGGAAUAUGUGUCAUUUUCUAUUUGGUUUUGUUUUGCCUUUUUACCGUCGUCAUUGUAAAUACUCGCAUUUUUGUUUGGAAAAAGAACACACAUCAUUAUGCGGUUCUAUUCGGACCAGUAGAGCUACAUUUUGUCCUUUCCAGCUCCACCCAGCUUUUGUUUUUGAGACUGUUGACGAAUGUUUGCUCAGUUUACUGCUAUCAUUAACAGAUGGGACACCUUUGAGCCUUAACUCACUGCGGUUUUUGCGAAAUGUAGCUGUCGUCUAGCUUUUCCCCACAUCGGACUAUUAAAGCCUUAAUAUGCAAAUUGCGAUCUAUUUCAGACAGGUACAAGUUGUACGUUGCGUCGUUUGUGAAGCGAGAACAUGCUACGUAAUUAUGUAACGGUUAUUUUGGUUAUUAAAAGUAAGAUGAUGCUUGUAACUGGAGAUGUGGAAUUGUUAUAAAACCCAUGACCAUGCACUGUCUUUUUAAGUAUUUCUUUGCUUUAUGAAGCUAAAGCACUUUUUAAGUCACUCUGGAUAAAAGCAUCCGCUAAAUGCCUUAAAUAUAAAUGCUUUGACAUGAUUGAAUUGCAUUGCAAAUGUGUUUGUCGGUUGUCAACGGAUGAUGUUACGUCAACUCCAAUCUCUAAUUUUUUUCCCAUGUUGCAAAGUAAAGGUUUCAACAUAAUUCACA